ACGGGCACGGGGCGGUGGCGGCGGCGGCCGCCUCCUUCCUGGGGCCGGCGGCGGCGGUGGAGGCGGCGGGGCCGGGGCUGGGGCAGCGUGGGCCCGGGCGCCUCCCCACGGCUCCUCAUGGCCGGCAACUUCUGGCAAAGCUCGCACUAUUUACAAUGGAUUUUGGAUAAGCAAGAUCUAUUGAAGGAACGCCAAAAAGACUUGAAAUUUCUGACCGAAGAAGAAUAUUGGAAGCUACAGAUAUUUUUUACUAAUGUUAUCCAGGCUUUAGGUGAACAUCUUAAAUUAAGACAACAAGUUAUUGCCACUGCUACAGUCUACUUCAAGAGAUUCUAUGCCAGAUAUUCCCUAAAAAGUAUAGAUCCAGUAUUAAUGGCUCCUACGUGUGUGUUUUUGGCAUCCAAAGUAGAGGAGUUUGGUGUUGUUUCAAAUACAAGGUUGAUCUCUGCUGCUACUUCUGUAUUGAAAACUAGGUUUUCGUAUGCCUUUCCGAAGGAGUUUCCUUAUAGGAUGAACCAUAUACUAGAAUGUGAAUUCUAUCUCUUAGAAUUAAUGGACUGCUGUUUGAUAGUGUAUCAUCCAUAUAGACCUUUGCUCCAAUAUGUGCAAGAUAUGGGCCAAGAAGACAUGCUGCUACCUCUUGCAUGGAGGAUAGUGAAUGACACAUAUAGAACUGAUCUUUGUCUGCUGUACCCUCCUUUCAUGAUAGCUCUAGCUUGCCUACAUGUGGCCUGUGUUGUCCAGCAGAAGGAUGCAAGGCAAUGGUUUGCUGAGCUAUCCGUGGAUAUGGAAAAGAUUUUAGAAAUAAUCAGGGUUAUUCUGAAACUGUAUGAGCAGUGGAAGAACUUCGAUGAGAGGAAAGAGAUGGCUUCUAUUCUUAGUAAAAUGCCUAAACCAAAACCACCUCCAAACAGUGAAGGAGAACAGGGUCCAAAUGGUAGCCAGAACUCUAGUUACAGCCAAUCUUAAGACAUUCCAAAGAAUUUCUUUAUGGACCACUUUGACUCAAGACAUCCUGGGAUCUUUCCUGUGUUCAUGAAAUGGACAGAAGGUUUUAGUAACAUCUUUUGACAAAGAACUUGAAGAGUAAAUAGCUUGUUUGUGUCAAGCAUUUUGAAAGCUUUUUCUUUAAAACUGUAUCAUUUUCUCUGACGCUGGAGUAAACGUACUAAGAUUUCUCAGUGUAAGGAAUCAAAUUUUAAACCAAGCUGCAAAAGAUUAACACUAUCCACUCAGAAGAAAUAGCUCAUUACUGGUUUUGUUUGCUUUGAGAAAACUGUAGCUUGCCUUUAAAGUGAACUUUCUUUUAAAGAGGCAGUAACCUUGAAACCUAAGUGUAACUAUAUUAAUGACCUGUGUUGUCUUCAUUUUGUUGGUGACUGAAGGAAGAUAGUGCACUGUAUGUUAAACCAACCAUUACCUAGGGUUUUGUUGAUUUUUUUUAUUUUUAUUUUUUAUUUUUAAUGAAUCUGGAUUCUGUAACAAGUGAAACAGCAGUCCUUCAGAAACAAAGCCUGGAAGAGUCUGCAGAGAAUGUUGUUAGAAUUCUAAUGAAAACUGCAGGAAAGAAAUUCAGUUCUUUUGGGGGGUUAGAAAAAUGCUUGUUUUAUUCAGUAGAUGUGUCUGGAUGUAUUUGCCUUGAAGCCUAGUAGCCCAGCUUACCAGAAAAGUGCAAUAUGUAUAGUGAUUCUGCAGUUUUCUUAAACAUUUCAAGUGUUAGGAAUUAAAAAACAAAAACCACCAACAUACUUUGAUUAUUUUUUUUGCAAGUAAAUGUACUGUAUAGUACAAUUGGAAUAUUUUUACAAAUACAAAUCUGGGUAUGAUUGCUAUUUUUUAUUGUGGAUUUUUUUUUUGUACAAAAGAUAUACACUGUUAGUCUGCCUUCACUGUUAAGUGUGAAUUUACGUGGCUCAUCAUAGAGGUUAUUUAAGAGGAUCAAGCUUUUGGUGAACUUCAUACUGGCUAAUUUUAAUUGUGAUUUUAGGAGCAACUCUUUAGAAUAACUGAAAUGGGAUUCCUUGGUUAACUGUGUGCUGGAGAAAAUGAGAUUCUUUCAAACAGAAGGCCAUAUCCUGUGUUCCUUACUCAGGCAGAUAUCCCACUGAAGUCAGGAAUUGGCCUACAUCAAAUGUAAUGAUUUUUAGGUAACUUUGUUUCUAAAUAAUUUCUGUACAACUUCGUUUUGAAUGAGAAUGCCGACUUGCCCAAGUAUAAAAAUUGAACAAUAAAAUAAAGUGAGGUACCA